GAGCCCGCGGGCGCCUUUAAAUUCGGGCCGGGCCGGCCGCCGCCAGCACAGCCGCUUCGCCUCGCCCCGUCCCCGCCUUCGGCCCGGCCCGCGGCCGCCGAGCGGUAGCGAAGCGGGCGACCGUGCGCGACUCCGGACACGCGUGUGCCAGCGGAGCGGCCAUGCCCCGCGGCGCCCGCUGAAGCCGCCCCGCUCCGCCGCUCCGCCCGCCCGCUGCCCCGCAGCCCCCGCCCGCCGCCAAGCUGGAGGAGCGCCGCAAGCCCGAGCCCCGCAGGAUGGAGGACGAGGCAGUACUGGAUAGAGGGGCUUCCUUCCUUAAACAUGUAUGUGAUGAAGAAGAAGUGGAAGGUCAUCACACUGUUUACAUUGGGGUCCAUGUGCCGAAGAGCUACAGGAGAAGGCGGCGUCACAGGAGACGAACUGGGCACAAGGAAAAGAAAGAAAAGGAGAAAAUUUCUGAGAAUUACUCUGACAAAUCAGACGUAGAAAAUGCUGAUGAGACAAGCAGCAGCAUCCUCAAACCGCUCAUCUCCCCUGCUGCUGAACGUGUCCGGUUCAUUCUGGGAGAAGAUGACGACAGCCCAGCACCCCCGCAGCUUUUCACGGAGCUGGAUGAGCUUCUGGCCGUUGAUGGACAAGAAAUGGAAUGGAAGGAGACUGCAAGGUGGAUAAAGUUCGAGGAGAAGGUAGAACAAGGUGGGGAGCGAUGGAGUAAACCUCAUGUGGCCACAUUAUCCCUACACAGCUUGUUUGAGUUAAGGACGUGUAUAGAGAAAGGCUCGAUAAUGCUGGAUAUGGAGGCCACUUCUCUUCCUCAGGUGGUGGAAAUGAUUGUCGACCAUCAGAUUGAGACAGGGCUCUUGAAGCCAGACAUGAAGGACAAAGUCACCUACACGCUGCUCAGGAAGCACCGGCACCAGACCAAGAAGUCCAACCUGCGCUCUCUGGCAGACAUUGGAAAGACCGUCUCCAGUGCAAGUAGGAUGUUUUCCAACCCCGAUAAUGCACGCAGCCCACUCGAGAGCUCUGUGCCCUGCCUAGCGACACGCACGCUGGAUGAUGAAAUCCAAGUGCAGCGCAGCCCCAGCGUAGGAUGGCUCAGCAGUCCAGCCAUGACUCACAGAAAUCUGACUUCCACCAGUCUGAAUGACAUCUCUGACAAGCCUGAGAAAGAUCAGCUGAAGAAUAAAUUUAUGAAGAAAUUACCCCGCGAUGCUGAGGCCUCCAAUGUGCUGGUUGGGGAGGUAGACUUCCUGGACAGUCCUUUCAUUGCCUUCGUCCGGCUGCAGCAGGCAGUUAUGUUGGGUGCUCUGACAGAAGUCCCCGUCCCUACCCGGUUUCUAUUCAUACUACUUGGACCUAAAGGCAAAGCAAAGUCAUAUCAUGAGAUUGGCCGAGCCAUUGCUACCCUCAUGUCUGAUGAGGUAUUCCACGACAUUGCCUAUAAAGCCAAGGACUGGCAGGACCUGAUUGCUGGCAUUGAUGAGUUUCUGGAUGAAGUUAUUGUGCUCCCCCCUGGAGAAUGGGAUCCAGCUAUUAGGAUAGAGCCCCCCAAGUCUCUUCCAUCUUCAGAUAAAAGGAAAAACAUGUACUCUGGUGGAGAAAACGUGCAGAUGAAUGGAGACACACCUCAUGAUGGAGGACAUGGAGGUGGGGGCCAUGGAGACUGUGAAGAGCUGCAGCGAACUGGCAGAUUCUGUGGUGGCUUAAUCAAAGAUAUAAAGAGGAAAGCACCCUUCUUCGCCAGUGACUUCUAUGAUGCUUUAAAUAUUCAAUCCCUUUCAGCCAUUCUUUUCAUCUACCUGGCCACAGUGACCAAUGCUAUCACUUUUGGAGGACUGCUUGGUGAUGCUACGGAAAACAUGCAGGGUGUGUUGGAGAGUUUUCUGGGCACAGCAGUCACCGGAGCGAUAUUUUGCCUUUUUGCUGGCCAGCCACUCACUAUUUUAAGCAGCACGGGACCUGUCCUUGUCUUUGAACGGCUUCUCUUUAAUUUCAGCAAAGACAAUGAUUUUGACUACCUGGAGUUUCGUCUCUGGAUCGGCCUUUGGUCAGCCUUCCAGUGUCUCAUUCUUGUUGCUACUGAUGCCAGCUUCCUGGUCAAGUACUUCACACGUUUCACCGAAGAAGGUUUCUCCUCACUUAUUAGCUUCAUCUUCAUUUAUGAUGCUUUCAAGAAGAUGAUCAAGCUGGCAGAUUAUUACCCUAUCAACCCCAAUUUCAACGUGGACUAUAUCACACGUUACUAUUGUGCCUGUGAACCACAGUUUCCAGAUAGUAGCUUGCUUUUUAACGGAACGACUGUGCCGUCAGUUGAGGGGCCAUUCUAUUCCUCUACUGAGAUGUACAACACCAGCAUUGACUGGUCAUCUCUGACAAAGAAGGAGUGCUUCAAAUAUGGAGGACGCCUCGUGGGCAACAACUGUGGAUACGUCCCUGAUAUCACCCUCAUGUCUUUCAUCCUCUUUUUUGGCACUUAUACCUGCUCCAUGGCCCUGAAGAAAUUCAAGACUAGUCGCUAUUUUCCAACCACUGCCAGGAAGCUCAUCAGUGACUUUGCCAUUAUCUUAUCCAUUUUGAUCUUCUGUGGAUUAGAUGCCCUGGUAGGUGUGGCCACACCAAAACUAAUUGUGCCAAGUGAAUUCAAGCCAACCAGUCCUGAGAGGGGCUGGUUUAUCCCACCCUUUGGAGGGAACCCAUGGUGGGUGUACCUGGCAGCAGCCAUCCCUGCAUUGCUCGUCACCAUCCUCAUCUUCAUGGACCAGCAGAUCACAGCUGUCAUUGUCAACAGGAAGGAGCACAAGCUCAAGAAAGGUGCUGGAUAUCAUCUGGAUUUGUUCUGGGUGGCCAUUCUGAUGAUUAUAUGCUCCUUUAUGGGUCUGCCCUGGUAUGUUGCUGCUACUGUGAUCUCCAUUGCUCAUAUUGACAGCUUGAAGAUGGAGACUGAAACUUCAGCCCCUGGAGAACAACCCAAGUUUUUGGGAGUGAGGGAGCAGAGAGUCACUGGAGUCAUUGUCUUCAUUCUGACUGGUGUGUCUGUCUUCAUGGCUCCUAUCUUGAAGUUCAUUCCUAUGCCUGUACUCUAUGGUGUCUUCCUGUACAUGGGUGUUGCAUCCCUCAAUGGUGUGCAGUUCAUGGAUCGUCUGAAGCUGCUCUUGAUGCCUCUGAAGCACCAGCCUGAUUUUAUCUAUCUGCGUCACGUCCCGCUGCGUAGGGUCCAUCUGUUCACGUUUCUGCAGGUGGUUUGCUUAGCCCUACUCUGGAUUCUCAAGUCAACAGUGGCCGCUAUCAUAUUCCCUGUCAUGAUCUUGGCACUUGUAGCAGUCAGAAAAGCCAUGGACUACCUCUUCUCCCAGCAUGACUUAAGUUUUCUUGAUGACGUCAUUCCAGAAAAAGACAAGAAAAAGAAAGAGGAUGAGAAGAAGAAGAAAAAGAAGAAGGGCAGCCUGGACAGUGACAAUGAGGAUUCUGACUGCCCCUACUCAGAAAAAGUCCCAAGUAUUAAAAUACCAAUGGACAUCAUGGAGCAGGAACCUUUCCUAAGUGAUAGCAAACCUGCUGACAAAGAAAAAUCACCAACAUUCCUUGAACGCCAUACGUCGUGCUGAUAAAAUUCCUUUCCUUCGGUCACACACUAUGCCAAGCCCUCCACGAACUCCAGUAAAAGUUGUGCCUCAAAUUAGAAUAGAACUUGAGCCUGAAGACAAUGGUUAUUUCUGGAGGAGCAAGGGAACAGAAACUACUUUGUAACUUGUCUGUCUGUUAAGUCUUAUAUGGAAUUUAUUUUGUCACUAGCCAAAUAUUACAAUGCUCUCUGCUCCCCACCCGCAAAGGUAAACGAGACAUUCUGCGCUCCCCGCUCUGCCCUUAUCCCCCCUGCGGAUUUCCUCUUAUUUAUCCUCAGCCAAUUUUUCCACUUUGACCAAGACUCAUUUUUGCCUUCUCUGUUGCUUAGACAUGCACGCAUCUCAUUUUCAAGCAGAGGGCAGAAGUAUUAAGGAUAUAAUAUAAUACUUUUGUGAAAUGUCAGAGGAACUGGCAUUACUUUAGUUGUGAAUCAGUGUUUGUUUGUUUGUUUGUUGUCUGGCAGAACAAAACUGACCUCCAGGCUAAUUCAAUGUCUUUAUUACACUGCUCUAAGAUGCUGGAAAGUGCUGCUAAUACUAACUUGCUCUUAAAGCCUGUACUUGUAGUAACACAGGAAGGAAAGCUGAAAGGUACUUCACUCCCAGCACAGACAAACUAUUGCCAUCGUUGUAGCAUGUGUUUUCAAACGUCCCUUUCCUAUGCAAUUUUUUUUAAAGAAACACUUUAAUGGACUUAAUCCGUCAGGUACAUUGAAGAGUGUUAUUUUCCUACAUUAUUUUGUUUAAAUUAUGGGGGCCUAACCUAUGACUUCUUCUUUUUUUUUUUUUGACAAUUUUUUUUAACCUUUUUUUUAAUUACUGUAAAGACAAAUGAAUUUUUUCCUGCAGCAGGAAACGUAUAGUUUGGAGUAGUUCUACCUCUUAUUUCUAGAUGCCAGGCUUUCUGUAAAGAUGUAUUGUACCAUAUCUCAUGUGAUUUUUACAAAAAAGAGAAAAAAAAAACACAACAAAAAACCUACACAAUCUCCAGGACGUGGCAUAGGGCUGGAUCAGUUUUAUUAACACCUUCUGCUCUAAAGCUUCUGUUUUACUUAGGGUUAUUUUAUUUGUUACGAAUGAUCUAACUUCACUAUGAAGGAGAUGGGAUAUGACUUAAAUCUCUCGUGAUCUAGGAAGGGUCUUAAGUGUACUGUUGGUAAGUGAAAUACUGACCGGUUAACAGUGUCAGUGGACAGAUGCUGAUUGUAUUCAUUUUGUUGAUUUCCUAUGCAGUAUUGUUAGAAUUUGUCCAUGUGAAACAUCUGUGUGUGCACGUGUGUGUAUGUGUGCAAGUGGAAACACCCUGCGUGUGGUUGAGACACAAGAUCCAGAUCCUCCUUGAGAACUGACAGUGCCCAGGCACUGCUUUCUGUCACUUGCAGAAUUUACUCUUACACCUUGACUGCUCGGCGCUCCGCCAGAUAAACCAAACCUUCCAUACAUGAUGAUGUAUCGGUAGCAAAUCAGCUAGGCACAGUAACACAGGUCUUUGGUUUUAAACCCAGCAAGCAUCACCUUGUGACACGUUAUUUUCUCUGCAGUGGGUACACAUUUAUUCCAAGUGUGAGGAUUACAUAUGACAUGCUGCAAAGGUUUCACUUUAAAAAUGAAGCUCCCUGCAGUGAAGCAUACAGGGGCUGAAGCAGCUGUGAGAGCAGCUCACGGGGGGGGGAAACAGUCCUUAAUAAGCCCCCAGUGCUGGGCAUUAAAAACACUCUUGCAGAAACUGCUUUGUAAUGCUUAAUACAUGGCUUUGUUUCAUUCUCUUUCCCUAAAGUAGCAAAGAUACUGAAUAGGAAGGUAGAGCUUCAUGGCUUCCACACUUGCUGUGAAGAAACCAAAGUCCAUGUUGAUUAAGGAAAUAGGAUUUCAUCACGGUGCUGGGAGACCUUAUAUGCCAAAUUCUAGCACCCACAAA